AUGGGUGCAGCGUUCGGACAGAAGCCCCUCGGGCCGGUUCUGCACCUUUACCGGUCACAGUUGCACCCUCAACAUCGGCAAAUUACUUAUACGAAGCCAUCUUCCAAAAACCUCGAACCCCACUUUAGUGUCGAAAGCCAAGCCUUUGGUGGCUCAGCAUUGAAGAAAUCCUCCAGUGUGGCAAGUACAGGGUCCAAAAGAAUGAUUCCCCUCGGAACCGGCAGACCAAGUCCAGAAUACUAUCCCUGGAUUCGCUCGCUUGAAUCAAAGCAAUUUGAUACCUAUUCGGAGGCCAUUACGAAGGAAACGAAUCCACCUGCUGCGAAUGGUCACCAUCAGCUAGCCCUCCAGGUCUCUACCAAGCAUGACGACGGCUACAAUUUGGCGCUUGCUUUGAAUUAUGGCCAUGCUCAUGUCGAGCUGGUUCAUAACCCGUCUUACUCUAAUUGGGAUACUUGCCUUACCGCAGGCACGACUUCAGCCCUGGAAAUUGCCUUCCGCAUCUUCUGCAACAGAGGCGAUAUAGUCUUAUCAGAAAAAUACACAUAUCCUGGAACCAUCAAAGCUAUCAAUCUGGUCGGAGCGCAGAUGCAAGCUGUGGAUCUAGAUAAAGCGGGUGCAAGUGCCAUAUAUCUCAAAGAAAUCCUGGACAAAUGGGACAUUUCCCGGGGACCGAAACCUACAGUCUUUUACACUAUCCCCUGUGGUCAGAAUCCUACCGACACCACUCAAUCACUCAAGAGACGGCAACAAAUUCUUGAAGUCGCUGAAGAGCAUGUUUUGAUCAUCAUCGAGGACGAUCCAUACUAUUUCCUUCGGCCAGGAUUAUGCUCAACGGGAGCGGACUCCGAUAUCUCGGCAGAUGGUGUCCCUUCAUACCUUUUCCUGGACACAUUCGGGCGUGUAGUACGAUUGGAUUCUACAUCCAAGAUUCUGGCACCUGGUCUUCGUGCUGGCUGGGUUACAGCCAAUGCCAGUAUUAUUGAAAAGUUCCUUGCCUAUCAAGAGGUCAGCACUGUGGCAGUGAGCGAGCCUGUACAAAUGAUGCUUUACAUAUUACUUGAUGACAACUGGGGCCAUACAGGCUUCUUCUCUUGGCUCGACUUCCUGUCCCAGCAAUACCGGAUUCGCCGAGACCUCAUGCUGGAGGCUUGUAGUAAGUAUCUCCCACAAGAUAUUUGUACCUGGGUGCCACCUGACUAUGGGAUGUUUCUCUGGUUGGAAUUGGAUUGGAGAAAACACCCUCAAUUCAAGGAUGGCCUGUCGUGUGGGAGCUUGAGUCUGAACCUACUCGAGAUUGAGAAUAAUAUACUACAACUGGCUUUGGAAGAUGGUGUUCAGGUCACAAAGGGUUCUCUCUUUCGCUGUUCAAAGAAACCUAUAGAGGAAUUACAUUUUCGGAUGACCUUCGCAGCUGCUUCUGAACAGGAUUUGACUCAAGGUGUUAGAAUCUUUGCAGGUUCUAUAAGGAAGGAAUUUACUAUCUAUUAA